AUCUCCAUAGAGACCCGGUCCAGCUGAUUCGCAUCAGGAACCCGUGGGGACAGGUGGAGUGGACUGGACCCUGGAGUGAUGGGUCCAGUGAAUGGAAAUACGUCCGUCCCGACGAGAAGCUGAAGCUGGAUCAUGUUGCUGAGGACGGGGAGUUCUGGAUGUCCUAUUCAGACUUUAUGCGUCAGUUCUCCAAGCUGGAGAUCUGUAACCUGACUCCGGACACACUGACCAAUGACGAGGUGGGCCGCUGGAACCACUACCAGUACAAAGGCAUGUGGAGGGUAGGGUCUACCGCUGGAGGCUGCAGGAACCAUCCAGCCACGUUCUGCUCCAACCCCCAGUUUCUGGUGUGUCUGGAGGAUGUGGACGAUGACCCUCUGGAUGGUGUGGAUGGCUGCACUUUCCUGGUGGGCCUGAUGCAGAAAGACGGACGGCGCAACCGCCAGAUGGGGGAAGACCUCAGUGCCGUCGGGUUCGCCAUCUACGCGGUAUGUAUUACACCAAUGUUUCUUAAUUAG